AUGUCUGCCGCUCUUUCAAGACGUCUCCAACCCUUAGUUACAUCUAUAGCAUAUGGUAAUGAUGUGGUUUGCCGUCUAAGUCUUGGUCAUGUAUUGGAUUUACGUAAUAUGGCUAGAUUUCUUGGUCGAAAUAAAUCAAAAUCUGGUGAAGCUG